AUAAUGUCAUUGUCUAAGUCACUGGAUGUUGUGUUGUGAAAGCAAAAAUUUCGCGUAAAAUCCAAUCAAAAUCUUAUUUUAGCAUAAAAAGAGUAAAUUUUUAAGAUCGUGCUUGAUUAAUUACUUAAUUUAAGGCAGUUUUGUAACCUGAUAGUGCAUUAUUUGAUGAUCUUUCACGAUGUCUGAAUCCUACGAAUACUUGUUUAAAUUUUUAGUAAUUGGAAGUGCUGGAACGGGAAAAUCGAGCCUUCUCAAUAAUUUCAUUGGAAACAAAUUUAAAGAAGAUAGAUGUCACACAAUCGGAGUCGAGUUUGGUUCAAAAAUCGUAAACAUAGGCGGGAAGUCUACUAAAUUACAGAUAUGGGACACGGCAGGCCAAGAAAGAUUCCGUUCAGUCACACGCUCUUAUUAUCGAGGAGCUGCAGGCGCCCUGCUUGUAUACGACAUCACAUCACGAGACUCGUUUAAUGCUCUGUCGAAUUGGCUCCGAGACGCUAGAACUUUGGCUAGUCCAAAUAUUGUAAUUUUACUUGUGGGGAACAAAAAAGAUAUGGAAGAAUCAAGAGAAGUCACAUUCACAGAAGCUAGUCAGUUUGCCCAAGAAAAUGAAUUGAUGUUCCUGGAGACUAGUGCAAAAACAGGAGAAAAUGUAGAAGAAGCUUUCCUAAAAUGUUCUAAAACCAUUUUGGCUAAGAUUGAAACAGGUGAAUUAGACCCUGAGAGGAUAGGUUCCGGCAUACAAUACGGUACCGGCACGUCAAAGAGGCUUAGUACUCCCAAGAAACCUGCUAGAAAUCCGUCUGAUUGUGCCUGCCAUGUAUGAAGUGUCGUUAAUCUCGUUUACGUAGAAUGCACGAUCUGCAGGCAGAUACUGAAUUCGUAUAAACACUUAUGUUUUAUUUGCGGUCUCACUUUUUAAUCACUAUUAUUUAAAAAUAAGUAACUACCUAUGUAAGUGCGAAAAGUAUGAUGAAGACAAUUAAAUUGUUCUCUCUAUAUGAGAUCUGAUAUAUCAAUCUGAUUACUGAUUAGAAUGCUAAAGAUUGUGAAUAGAUUUAAUAUGAUCGUAAAUUAUGACUUAUUGAUGUACCUACAACAUUUUUUUCACACUUUUUGCUGUCCUAGAUAUUACUUCACUACACACACCACUAAGAUUGAGAUAGAUAAAUGAUUACUCUGA